GUCUGGACCCUGGGCUGGAAAGGCUAUUUUGAAAAGUAGCCCCCUCUUUUUCUCACUCUCUCUUGGACAGAAACACACAUGCACACACAGCUGCUCGAAACCAUGGUAGAAGAUGACGGAUACAGUUAUCGCAGAGGGUCAAGUCAAGUUUAGAGAUGGAAAAAAGUGGAAGACUCGAUGGGUUGUUCUUCAGAAGCCCUCCCCAGUCGCAGACUGCUUGACUUUACUUGUGUGUAAAGAGAAGAAGAAAGGGAAAAGCAACGGACACAAGGAGAGGCUCAAUGUAACACUGGAGGGGAUUUGUGGUGUAGAGCCAGGGCCUGGGUACGAUGGUGUACCCUACACUCUGUCCAUCCUCUGCCAGGCAAGAACACUCAUCCUGGGCUUUAGAAACAGAGACGCAAUGCUGGCCUGGGAUGCCAGGAUCCGCUACAGCUUAGGCGAAGUCCACAGAUUCCUUGUCAGUGUGGAACCAGGCACCCAGCUGGAUAGUGGUCCUGCCAACCUUCAUCUUUGCAACAACCAGUUGGUCCUCAGCAGAGGCCUGCCUCCGGUUGUUAUCGGUUACUGGCUGCUUUCGGCGCUGCGUCGUUAUGGAGCUGUACCAAAUGGCUUUGUGUUUGAAGGAGGGACACGCUGUGGAAUCUGGGCCGGUGUUUUCUUCCUAUCAUGUUCAGAAGGGGAGCAGAUCAGCUUCUUGUUUGAUUGCAUUGUUCGUGGAAUCACCCCCAGCCGGGCCUUGUAUGGCGUACCACCUAACCAGCCAGCAGAUCCAGAUGCAGACCCUGCAUCAGCAGAGAAACGCAUCAGUCAGGAGACGUCUGACCUGGAGAAGAGGCUCAGCAUGUUGUCUCAGUGCAGUCUGGCCAGUAGCUCAUCCUCCACCUAUAGCUGCAGCACUUCUGUUGCCGGGGACGACCACAGCUUCUCCAGCUCCUCAUCCAGUCAGUCAGAUGCAAGUUAUGGAGGCCGGUUUCCGUUUUGGGUGGAGCCAUUGGCCCGAUUGCAUCUUUCCAAUGAGAUGGCAUCAAGUUCCUCCACACUGAAGGCUUUGACCCGGUCAGAUGACAGAUUGUAUGGGGCUUUAAGGGAGGGCUUAGUGGGCCGUCAAUCUUCGAUGCAGUCCCAGCCUCGUGGGCUCAAUGACUGCGACCGGCAGACCUCUUUAGACAGUGGGAUUGGAAUAGCGGCAGGCAGUCAGUCGUCUUAUUCAGGGAGCUAUUCCUCAUGCAAUGGGAGUCUGGACAUGGCCAGUCAAGCAGGAGGAGAAGAUCGUGAUGGUGCAGCCGUCCCUCCUACUCUAUUCAAUCCCCCGUUUUCACCUCCAUCUACACCACCUGCCUCACCUUUUCAGCUCCUGAUUACUCAGGAGCACAACUGCCAAUCCAGAUGUGCCUCCCAAACAUCUCGCAAGCGCAGUGAGGAGUACCAGAUCCCAGACCUACUCAGACGGUGGUACGAUACACCCAGGAGUCUCCUCCAGGCCCUGACUCUUAGGGAGCCGUCUGCUAAGAAAGGCACAACAGACCUGGGCAGCAACACCAGCACAGAUAGAGGCUGUAGUCAGGAACAGAUGUUAAGGAACGGCCCCAGAAACCGCAGGGCUCAGUGUCAGCUGAUGAUGCAGGGCUCACUCUCCUGGGGCAGUGAGCGGGCGCCCCCUGUGGACAGUGAGGGAAGGUCCACACCCACGGCUCAGGCAGCCCCUGCUGGCUCUGGAAAACAGCAGUUGACCGACUCCUGUACAAAAGAGAAACUCUGGGGUAGUGAGGAUGUUGUUAAACUCAAAGAUCAGAGGAGGAUGCUGUCAUGUUCACCACCCUCAGUUCCCCCUCCGCCUCCUCCUCUAACGCUGGGUUCUCUCAGAACAUCGUCAGCAUUUUCUUUCAUCCCAUCUGUUCAAGAAUCUCAUCGGUCUCCAUCCUCUGACCUUCACACAGAUUAUAGUUAUAACUACGUUAGAAUCCCAAACUCUGCCCUUGAACACACGACCAAAGAGCUGAAACUACACAGCUCCACUCAUCAGUCUGGUCCAUACGAAGCUGAGAGACAUGGCGUCCUGCAGCUCUACAGACACAAGGAUGACUCCAUCAGGUACGCCCACCUCGACGUUGCUCCCAUGGAAACGGCUCAAAGUGUGGGGGUGGAGCAUGUUCAGGGCAGAGAGGACAGGCUGACUCAGCUGGAGAGCAGGUGGCGGGGGCCACCAAGCUGACUCUGCCACGCCAAACUCCAAAAGCACUUCAGAGCAGUUUCCUACUGCAGCUUCCCUCCCGUCCCCUCCUCCGAAUGAGCAAGAAAAGCUGCCUGCAAUCGGCCAUUUGAACCUCUGCUGUAAUCAAACACACCCACAGGUUCUCCAGCGUGCUGUCAUUUCCACAAGCAAUCCAUUCCACUGCAAGUAUGAUAGUGUGUGGGUCGUCUUUAUGCUGCUGCUAUCUUGUUAAAUGUAAUUUGUUUAUUAAUUAGUGUUUGUCUUGGACAGAAUGCACUUAUAACUGUGUUUUUACAUGACUGGUGCUUCAGUAAAAACUGACUUGAUUAGGAAGGAAUGGCACCAAAGUCAUGGUUGAUUUAGACAACAAACAGCUGUUUGGAAAUUAUUUAGACAUUUACAAACAGCCAUUGUUUGGGUUUGUAGCAAGAUGUGAUCUCAAGAUCAACCCCCCUAUGUUUAGUGAAACCAACAGUUGAGUGUAAUAGUCCCAUCUCAUAGAGCUAUAAUUCCACAUCAAAGCAGCAAAGCGCUCUGUUGAAAUAAGCGGCUUAGAGUUGGAUCUCCAUUGCAAAUGACAUUAAUCUGAGCCCGUGUGGGCUGAGCAGGACACAGCCGAGUUAUCAGCCGGCCGCUGACAUUAUUCAUCUUAGAAAUCAAUGCUUCUGCUGCAGCGGCUCUCUGAGGGAAGGCGCCAACGAUGGAAAAGGACAAUUUGAGCUCCAGCUUCUAAAAUUUCAAACAUCAUUAGACAAACUUUAAGCUAUUUAAUAUUUUACAGCUUCAGUUUUCUACCUAAUGUAUCUGAGGAAGAGAAGACAAGAAAACAAGUCAUGAAAAUGUAACACUAUACCAAUUAUAUGCUGUUAAUAUUUUUUUUUUUACUGUAAUGCAUGUAAAUAACGAAUUCACUUUAUCAAAAAAAAAA